AUGGAUACGGAUCGUAGCAGUGUAGGCAUAAGUCCUGCCGAGCAUAGCGUACCGUUGGAAGCAUCAAAACGCGAUGCAGAUGCUACAGGAACGAUUGUACCAGAGGAAGAUUUAAAGCUAGAACACAUACCAGACAAUUUGGAGCAUGCAGAUUUCUCCAAACUUCUUGAACUUGAUGAGAAGAACGAUGAUGAUCUGUUUCACGGAAUUGAUAUUUUAGAUCAGCAAAUGAAAAGCGACCAGGGGAAAGAAGAUAUAGAACUACGUGUAGAAGAACCGAAACGAGAAAUGAAAGAAGAUGAGUCCUCAAAUGUGAGGAAUGAGGAUAAACAAAAGCUAGAAGCACCAGAGUCUCCAAAAUCUAUGCCGGCCAUUCAUAAUGAUGAGAAAUCUGUGAAGCAAGUUUAUCCAUUAGUCAAGCAUGAGGAAAACACGCCAGCUGCAAUAAUACAAGAAAGACUGGCACAUAAUUUGCAGAGACAUAACUCAUUAACGCCUAUGAUGUUCCCGCUCAAACAGUUAAACGAGCUCAAAUCAGAUAUGCAAAACCUAAAGUUGAAGACAGAAGACGGAGCAAAGAACUCACCCCAAUCUGAUCAGAACACAAGCCAAAAAAAUGCCGAAUCGCCAGAAAAUGGUCAGCAAGUUACGCAACUGCAUCCUCAGUUAUUGCAAGCUGCAGAUGUGAACACGCCUACCUCUAAUACAGUCCCUGGAGCAUCGGAUGAACAGUCGAAAAUUUCAGCAUACGCAAGGUUAGACUUUCAGGACUUUACUUUCUACGUUCAAACACUUCAAGUUAUUAUCGGAAGGCGAUCGGAAAAUGAUUACUCUCAUAAAGUUGAUGUUAAUUUAGGUCCAUCAAAAUCAAUAUCUAGAAGACAUGCCCAGAUAUUCUAUAAUUUCGGUACGGGCAGAUUCGAAUUAUCUAUAAUGGGUAAAAAUGGUGCAUUUGUCGAUGAUAACUUUGUAGAAAGGGGAAGUACUGUUCCGUUAAAAAAUAAAACUAAGAUUCAAAUCGGACAGAUACCCUUCCAAUUUGUUUUACCUGAUCAUGAAGGUAAUAUCUCCAAGGAAUUGGCAUCGAAAAGUAAAAACAGCACUGCGAAUGCAAGUCAGCCCCCAAAGAAAAAGAAUAAGAAAGAAAAAGAAGUUAAAGAAGUUAAAGAGAAGAAGGCUCCUAAACCUCCAAAACCUCCAAAGAAGGUUUACACUUUGCAAGAAAUUCCUCCAGAAUAUAGGACUAAACCUACGUGCUCUUACUCUAAUUUAAUUACAUCUUGCUUGAGAAAAUUUUCAACAGAAAAGGGUAUGUCUCUCUCAGAGAUUUAUUCUGGAAUUCGUGAACUUUUCCCCUACUAUAAAUAUUGUCCAGAUGGAUGGCAAAGUUCUGUGCGGCAUAACCUUUCAUUGAAUAAAUCGUUCUGUAAAGUCUCAAAGGAAGGGAAAGGGUGGUUAUGGGGAUUGGACGAAGAAUAUAUUGCUGAGAGAGAAAGACAAAAGAAAAAACAGGCAGAGGCACAGGCAGCUAAAGCCAAAGUUGCAGAGCUGAAGCAGCAACAGCAGCAGGAACAAAGGCUGAAAAAGCAACAGCAACAAAGUUCUAAUUCCAAACAACCGAAUAUGGCACAGACGUUAGCGGCUAACAGAUCUGAUAAGAAAACUACUAGCAUGGAUGACAAUCAAAGAACAAUGAAAUACUUACAAGAACAGUUAAUGAUUUUGACAAAAGAUCGUAAAGGUUUAGAUAAGUCUCUUAUGGCACAAAUUUUAACACAAGCAUUAGCAAUGACAAUAAAUCAAGUGACACAGGCUGCAAAGCAAAAAGGUAUCAGUGGGAACCCAUUAACUGCAUUAAUAGAUAAAAAUCCACAACAUCUGAAUCUUAUUCUAGCGGCUGCAGUGAAUGCCGCAACAGCCAAGGUCACAAAGGGUAAGGUAAAUCAACUUGUAAAUAUGCCUCCUCCUACGGUGAAGGAUCAGCAACCAUCCGCUAAGAAGGAAAUCCCUAUUAAAAGAGCUGUCACCCCGAAACCACCUACGCCAAGUGUAGUGAAUCCAGUACAUGCAAAUUCAUCAAAUAAAGAUCAAUCAUUUGACCCUACAUCCUUAUCAAAGUUUUUUCAACCAAAGCAGCAGCAAGGCUCGAGGCCAUCCUCAGGUAUGGCUAAGACGCCAACUCCACCAGUUACGGUAGGGACACCCAAAUCUGGUGUGGUUAGUAAUGGAAGCUCUGUUCCAGCGACAAGUCCACAAGCUACGUCAACAGUGGUACCGAAAAAGCGUCCAGCUAGUGACACGGAAUCUAGCGAUUCCGAUGAUAGCAACAGCAGUGACUCCGACGAACAGAAUAAGAAUGGUGAUUCCUCCGGAGAGUCAUCUGGUGAUUCGUCUUCGUCCAGCGAUAGUGAUGGCGAUUCUGGAUCUGAAUCCGAAACUGAUGGCAGUGACUCUGAUUCAAAUUCUGAUGAUAGUGAUAACAAUGGCCAUGAUAAUGAUGACGGUCAGAGUGAUUAG